AGCAUUGUCUUCCAGUCACAGUUCACCGGUUGCUUUCCGACAAUUAACAGCCUCGGCAGUGAAAACCUCAGUGUGCGAGUGUGUUUUGUGUGCGUAGAAGGAGAAGGAUUUAUUUGCUCAAAAAGGACUUGGCAGUGUGCGCAGUGUGUUUGUGAGAACCGCCGUGUGAUCGCAAGACAGCUAACAGAAACAAAAAAACAAAACAAACAGAAGCAAAAAAAACGCAAUGAAGCAGUUCUAUGUGUUGUUCGCCGUCCUGGCCGUGGCCGUUGCCGCCCCAUCCUCCGAAGCCGACGGAAUACUAACCUCCGCCCUGAAGUUCGUGCGGGACUGUGGCGAAAAGUCGAUUGUGCUGUGCGCCAAGGAGCGUGCACUACGCCUGGCUGACGCCGCCGAAGGCGACUUCGAGAUCACCGACGGUAUCAAGUUUGUCCAGACCGAGCAGGCUGUCGGCAAGGGCCGCUCCCUGAACGACAUCUCCCUGCCCGCUGAGCCGGAGGCCCGCGAAUCCGAGAUCGAUGGACUGCUCGUUGAGCGUGCCGCCCGUUUCCUCGGCACCCACACCCUCCAGUUCCAGGUACCGAAGGAAUCGAUCGAGGACAUGCAGCGCUCGCUGGAUGAAGCUCGUGGCAAGAAGAAGAAGGUCAAGAAGCUGCUCCUCCCUCUGCUCCUCCUCCUCAAGUUGAAGGCCGCCGCUCUGCUGCCGCUCGCCCUCGGUGCCCUCGCCCUGAUCGCCUUCAAGGCCCUGAUCGUCGGAAAGAUCGCCCUCAUCCUGUCCGCCAUCAUCGCGCUCAAGAAGCUGUUCGACAAGAAGGGCGAACAGAGCUACGAGGUCGUUGCCCACCCGCACUACUCGCACUCGAGCUCGUACGACGAUCACCACGGAUACGCCCGCUCCAUGGACGCCGCCCAGAACCUGGCCUACGGCGCUCACGCUCAGUAAGCUUGCCAUAUUGUAGCGAGAAGCCAACGCGUACCCCCCGUGUACACGCACACAAACACAGACCAACACACCCCGCAACAGUUUACCGACGUACAGAGCCCGGUAGAGGGGCGAAAUGGUGGGGUUAAGGCUUUUCCCGCGCUCUGAAUGGGAAAUGCCGCUGCGCCACCGACGCCCCGCUACCAACCACUGGGAGACAGGGUUCCGGAUUCGUCCACCCUCCCCACAGCAAAAAGCCCCCUCCCCCGUUCAGAACGCUGUCGCAGCCCAGUCCGGUCCCCGAAUCGUAUUGGGGAUGUGGUUUUGGGUUUUGGCACCGUCCGCAACGGACUCACACCACUAGUGGCAGGAGAUAGUUUUACAAGAGUGAGAGAGAAAGAUAAAAGAUAAACAGAGAGAGAGAGUGACAAACAGCGAGGGACACAGGAAUCGGGAUGGACUUGCCGUGGCACGCCGCGGAACGGGAGUGCCCAGAGCGAGCCUAGAUUAAUUUAAUUUAUUUUGCAAAACAACCCCCCCCCCCCCCCUCACACACACGCUCGUUCGUAGCCGGCCCUCCCUUCUUUCCAGGGGCGUGUUUCGUUGCAGUCCCGUGCGCAAACACAAACAAUUUCUAACUCCCGCCCGCCCGCCUCUGCACACCGGCUAGCGCUCCCCUGGACGCACUAGCACGCGUGGACGAAGGACGUAUUUAAAUUAAUUUAUUAACCGCCAGGAUCAGGUCAGGUGUGCGCCCUUUGGGUUCUUUGUUCUUCGUGAACGAGAUAUUUAUUGUGAGCUCUAACAUGAUCCUUUCUUUUCAAUUUUUUUGUUUGUUUGUUUGCUCCACUUUUCACAACGCCCCCCACAAACACACCCCCACACUCAAACCCUCCGACCCGCCAAUCUCUCUUCCAGUUGUUUUUUUCCGUCGUACGCCCGUUAGCAGUCGCCGCCGCCGCCGCACCGACUCCGGCCAGAGUGGCUCGUGGGAUGGCGCCUGUUGGGGUAGGCAACCGGGUGUCCAUUUGUUUGAUUGGUGGUUUUUUGUGCGUGGUCCAAGUUAGCAUUGAACUUGCCUCCCUCGCCAAAGAAGUUCAACUUUCACUGCCAGGUGACCUUAACCGGCCUUGCUCGCCGUCUUGCCGUUGGGUUGCUGAUUCUUCGGGAGCUCAACCCCCCCUCUGCUUGAGCAUCUUCACAGCUUCCAGCUGUAGCGGCCACAGUGGCCCUCUUGCCCACCGCGGCUCUAUUAGCACCUCUCACACAUACCUCUAGCACGCUCUCUGUGCAGUCUAUAUGUGUCGUCUCGCUCUCGAGACAGUUCUACACGGCGACCGAUGGGACAGCUUAGACCGAUCAUAAGGUUCGGUUCGAGAUCGCGUACACUGCAAAGUGGGUCACAGCUGUUUGUUUGUUCUUUUUUUUCGACAAAGAUGUGCCGGGCGGUUAUAUUUCCGCUGAAGCUGCGAUCUGUGCGCCCAUUUUCGGCCAAAUUGGUUUGACAUCCCAAACCGGUUCCGCUGAGCAAUGGGCGAAAGGAGAAG